AUGGGCAGCGUCUCUAGGGAAGUUGACGAAUGGACCGAGGAGCCCAAUCUCCAUCCGAAGAGGCGACCAAUCUCAGCUGCUCAACGGGGAGUGGCAGCAACGAGCAGCAGCGAGCAGUUCAAGACCAAGAGUUGCAAGCACAAACCAGAGGCCAGAAGAUGGCAUCCAUACAUGAGCACAGAGUCGACUAGUCGAACGGGAUCAACACUCAAAAAUGCUGCGAAACAUCUCUCGAAUCCAGAAGUCAUCUCAUUAGGUGGUGGAAUUCCUCUGAGUGACUAUUUCCCCUUCGAGGAAGUUAUCCUGAGACCAUCUUCCCUCGACAAUCUCAAUGACGGGGAGAAGACGUCCUCCCAGACAACACUGCAUGCUACCAAGCACGACAUUGCCGAUGGGACUAGUGAAUACGAUCUCUCCGUUGCUUUGAAUUAUUGUCAAGGCUCUGGAUCGGCCCAAUUUAUGCGAUGGAUUGUAGAGCACACAGAAAUACUCCACGAUCCACCUUACGCUGACUGGCAAUGUUCCAUGACCGUUGGCAACACCUCAGCAUUCGACAUGUGCUUGAGAAUGCUGACAAAGCCCGGCGAUUGUGUCUUAGCUGACAAGUAUACAUAUUCAUCCGCAGUAGAGACCGCCAUGCCACUGGGCGUCAAAUUCAUCGGGGUCGAUAUGGACCGCGAAGGCAUGCUUCCUGACAGUCUUGAUGAGAUACUCGAAACGUGGAACCCAGAGAAACACAACAACGCACGAAAGCCUUCAGUUUUAUAUGCAAUCCCGACCGGCCAGAACCCUACGGGCACCACUCAAAGCUUCCAACGCCGCAAGGCAAUCUACAAAGUAGCCCAGAAGCACAACUUGAUCAUUCUGGAGGAUGACCCGUAUUACUUUCUGCAAAUGGAUGAGUAUGUCGAUGGUGCUAGUGCUUCUGAGAUUCAUUCACCAGUCGAGUUCCUCAAGAAGCUUGUCCCUUCCUAUCUCCGCCUAGAUGUUGACGGACGAGUCAUGCGCAUGGAUUCUUUUAGCAAGGUCAUCAUCCCAGGGGCUCGUUUGGGCUGGAUUACAGCCCCUGAGCAGCUCAUUGAGCGAUACAAGCGUCACAGCGAUGUUUCAACUCAAAGCCCUGCCGGCCUGAGCCAGUUGAUGUUUUUCAAACUCCUGGAUGAGCAUUGGGGACACGAAGGUUACACAAGGUGGCUGAUGCACUUGCGCAAACAGUACACUAUGAGAAGAGACUUCAUCGUGUCUGCCUGUGAGCGCUACUUACCGAAACACAUUGUUAGCUGGGAGCCAACCAAUGCAGGCAUGUUUCAAUGGCUCAAGGUAGAUUGGGAGCAGCAUCCCGAUGCCAAGGACAAGACAGCGGAACUUAUUGAAGAGGAAAUCUGGCUAGAAAGCAUUUCAACCGGAGCAUUGCUUGGUUGCGGCACCUGGUUCCGCGCAUCAAAGGAUGUGCCUUGUAACGAAGUAUUCUAUCGAACUACUUUUGCAGCAGCCCCGCUGCCCAAGAUUGAGGAAGCUGUCAAGCGCUUUGGCGAAACAAUACGCAAGGUGUUUGAGCCCAAAGAGGAGAAUUGA